AUGGCUCAUAACCAACACGCUCCAUCGCUGCUGACGAUGUCGGAGCCGGGCUCCGAUGAGAUCAAGCCGGAACUCAUUAUGGAGCAGGCCGGAAACGUUCAAAAGAUGGAAACGAAACAUGACUAUGCAUCAGAAGAUGCCCCCUCCGCUCGUCCGACGGUCCAUGAUCUCUACAAAACUCCUCCGAAGACAAUGCGUGACCGCUUCGAGCUUUUUUUGUUCAAGAAGGGUUUGGGAGAGGUGCCCACGUACUUGGCCGAGCUAAACAGCCGAAUUCCUCGUGAGGUGUUCGUCAACUACGAGUUGCCGCCCCGCGUGGCGCUGGCCGGUAAGCCGGCCGUGAAGUUCCCUUCCAAUAAGAUCCGUACUACCAAGUAUACUCCGCUCCUGUUUCUUCCCAAGAACUUGUAUCUCCAGUUCGGAAAGGUGGCCAAUGCGUACUUCUUGGUGCUUGUGAUUUUGGGUGCGUUCACCGUGUUCGGUGUGGCCAGUCCUGGUCUUGCGGCAGUUCCGUUGAUUGUCAUUGUCGUCAUCACCGCUGCAAAGGAUGCAUUCGAAGAUUACCAGCGUGGGCUGUCUGACCUGGAGUUGAACAACACCGCGACUCAUCUUUUGGUGGGUUUGCACAACGUCAAUGUAGAGGUGGAUGAUAUUGGCUCCUGGCGUAUGUUCAAGAAGAGCUGUACUCGUGGAACCCGUAGAGCUUUCCGCGGAAUCAAAAAGGCUGUUGCAUUUACGUUCGGCCAUCGUAAAAUGAAGGAGCAGCUACGCCAAGAGCAGGAGGCCGAGAAGGCCCAUGCUUUGCACAGAGUAUCCACUAUAGUGUCUGACUACUCAUACACUGACCCAGUCGCUGGUGCUACUGCCGCUGGGAGACCAUCAACGAGUUCACGUAAUCCUCGUAAGUCUCAUCACCUGGCUAGAGCAGCUACCACCAAAGUCGUCCCUGACUGUAUCCUUAAUCCACCUCUUCAGCAGAAGUAUAUCGAAAGUGGGGGUGAUGACACUCACUUUAAGCUGCGAAGAUGGAAGGAUGUCAGUGUCGGUGACAUUAUCCGUGUGCGCGCCAACGAGGAGGUUCCUGCGGAUAUUGUGGUCCUCUCUGCCUCUGACUCCGAGGGUAACUGUUUCAUCGAAACUAAGAACUUGGAUGGUGAGACAAACUUGAAAACGAAAAGCAGUUUGGCAUGUGGAAGCUCGUUACAGCGCUCUCGUGAUUUACACAACACUAAGUUCUGGAUUGAGUGUGAUGGACCAAACCCUCACCUUUACCGAUUCAAGGGAACCAUUCACUACGAGAACUACAGCGCCGAUGGUAGACUACUUAAUAAUGACGAGAUGGAAGCCAUUACAAAUGACAACGUCUUGCUUAGAGGCUGUACUUUGAGAAAUACAAAAUGGAUUAUUGGUGUUGCCAUCUACACAGGUCUUGAGUCCAAAAUCAUGCUAAAUGGUGGCUAUUCCCCCGUUAAGAUCUCCAAAAUCUCGCGGGAGUUGAACUUGUCUGUCAUCAUUAACUUCAUUGUCCUUUUCAUUUUGUGUUUCGUUUCUGGUCUUAUCAAUGGUCUAUUUUACAAUGAAACAGACACUUCGCGAAUCUAUUUCGAAUUCGAAGCAUACGCUCCUACUUCUGCCGGAAACGGUGUCUUGGCCUUUUUUGUUGCACUUAUCAUUUAUCAGUCCUUGGUGCCCAUUUCAUUGUACAUAUCCAUCGAGAUCAUCAAAUCCUGUCAAGCCUUUUUCAUUUACGCCGACGUCAAAAUGUUUUACGAAAAACUCAAUUUUCCGUGCACGCCCAAAUCCUGGAGUAUUUCAGAUGACUUGGGCCAGGUCGAAUAUAUAUUCAGUGACAAAACGGGAACUCUUACUCAGAACAUUAUGGAGUUCAAAAAAUGUACCAUCAAUGGUAAGUCUUACGGAUUAGCUUAUACCGAAGCCAAACAGGGUAUGGACAAAAGAGAAGGUAUCGAUGUGCUCAAGGAGACCGAGCGCUGGAACAGAUUGCUUGCCCAAGAUAGAACGGAAAUGGUUAACAAUCUUCAAUCUUUCGUGAAAAACGAUCAAUUCCGUGAAUCUGCGUUGACUUUUAUUUCGGACGAGUAUGUGAAGGAUACAUUGGUGCCACACAGUAAGAUUACAGACCAGAAAGCAGCAAAUGAAGAUUUCAUGCUUGCUUUGGCGCUUUGCCAUACCGUAAUGACCGAGAAAAACAAAGAAGACAAAUCUUUGAAUGACUUUAAAGCAGAAUCGCCGGAUGAGGAGGCCUUGGUUUCUGUUGCAAGAGAUUUGGGAAUUGUAUUCAAAAGCAGAUUCCGUAAAUCGGUUGACAUUGAAGUUUAUGGCCAAAGCAGGAGCUAUGAACUUCUCCACAUCAUUCCAUUCACGUCUUCACGUAAGCGUAUGUCUUGCAUUUUGAAAGGUAAAGAUGGCAAGGUAAUGUUAUACUGUAAAGGUGCCGACAACGUCAUUUUCAAGCGCCUUACGGCAGACCUGAAUGAGGAGAUGUUGUCAAAAACCGCAUUGCAUCUCGAAGAUUUUGCCAACGAGGGUUUGCGUACUUUAUGUAUUGCUCAAAAAGAGGUCGACGAAGAGCAUCUCGAUGGUUGGAUCAAAAGAUUUAAAGCCAUUAACAAUUCUUUGGAUGAUGACAAAGAAGAGCGCAUUGAUGUGUUGAACGAAGAAUUGGAGCGUGAUUUGACCUUGCUCGGUGGAACCGCCAUUGAGGACCGUUUGCAAGAAAAGGUUCCGGAGUCUAUCUCUAUUUUGAGUGACGCAGGUAUCAAAUUGUGGGUUCUCACCGGUGAUAGAAUUGAGACUGCCAUCAACAUUGGAUUUUCGUGUAACUUGUUGAGUAAUGAGAUGAAGCUUCUUGUGGUUCGGCCAGAAGACGGUGUGCUGGAUGCUAGCUACAUCGACAGGCUCAUCACCGAGUAUUUGCAAGAAUAUUUCAAUAUUAAUGUUGAAACCGAAGAUCAAGUGCAACAUGAACUUCAAAUCGCUCGUGCUGACCACUCAGUCCCUACUUCCAGUACUGCCUUGAUUGUUGACGGUGCCGCACUCUCACUCAUUUUCCAAAAGAACACUACUUUGAAACACAAGUUUCUUCUUUUGGGUAAACAGUGUAAAUCCGUGCUUUGCUGCCGUGUGUCUCCCGCUCAAAAAGCUGAUGUUGUGUCUGUGGUUAAGAACAGUCUUAAUGUGAUGACCUUAGCUAUUGGAGAUGGUGCCAACGAUGUUGCCAUGAUCCAAGCUGCCAACGUCGGUGUGGGUAUCGCUGGUGAAGAGGGUAGACAGGCUGUCAUGUCGUCAGAUUAUGGUGUGGGACAAUUCCGUUUCCUCACCCGUUUAUUGUUAGUUCAUGGAAGAUGGUCAUACAAAAGACUUGCUGAGAUGGUGCCAUCUUUCUUCUACAAGAACGUGGUGUUUACCUUCACUUGUUUUUGGUACGGUAUCUACAAUAACUUCGACGGCUCGUAUCUCUACGAGUACACCUAUUUGAUGUUCUAUAACUUGGCAUUCACCUCUCUUCCAGUUAUCAUUUUGGGAGUAUUCGACCAGGAUGUUUCCGAUUCAGUGUCCAUGGUGGUGCCUCAGCUAUACCGUGCUGGUAUUCUAGGUGAAGAGUGGUCCCAAUACAAAUUUGUGUGGUACAUGUUUGAUGGAUUAUAUCAAUCUGUCGUUGCAUACUUUUUCCCCUACUUGAUGUUCUACGUCACUUUCCAAAACCAACAGGGCCUUGGUGUGGACCACCGUUUCUGGAUAGGUGUGUUGGUUUGUACCAUUUCCGCCACAUCAUGUAACAUCUACAUUCUUUUGCAGCAGUAUAGAUGGGAUUGGCUCUCAUUGUUGAUUAAUGCCAUCUCGAUUUUGCUUGUCUACUUCUGGACCGGAAUCUGGUCCUCGAGACCCUGGGCCAGUGAAUUCUACAAAGUGGGCGCCGAUCUCUACGGAACACUUGGAUUCUGGGCUUGCAUGUUUGUGGCAGUUUUGGUGUGUUUACUCCCCCGGUUUAUUUUUGAUUUCUCCGUUAGAUACUUCAGUCCAAAGGAUAUCGAUAUUGUCCGUGAGCAAGUUCUCGCAGGUAAGUUCCGCGACUUGCCAUUAGGCUUUGACCCUACCAACACAGCAGAUAUCGAGAAGCAGCGUCUUCUCGAAAGACUUAACGAUGGAGACACUGAAUUGUUGCACAAGCUCGAGGAAGUUGUUGAAGGAGACAAUGUCUCCCGCCGCAGUGCCGACUCCACGAAAUUCUCUAAGGCCAUGAAGUCCGUGAAGAGAAAGAUGACUGUUUCCAGCAGACCCAGAAAGAACACUGUGGAGAGUCAGACAAGAUACAACCAGCAACUCUUAAGUAAGCCUUUGAACUUGAGCCAGUUGCGGAUGGAAAUGAUCAAGAGAGGCGAGUACAAGACCGCUGGACGCAACUCGCUUGACCGUAUCUCUACCACGCACGGCGUUCCAGGUUUGACCAAGGCUGAAACCUUGCUUUCCUACCAUCCAAGAAAUAGCAUCACCUUUGAGUAA